CACCCAAUUUAAUGAAAUCAGUUUAAAGUACUGGAAAAGACUGGUAGUGUUCACUGUGAGUUUCAUCAGCAUGGUUUUCAAAACCGGAGCUUUUUUUUGUCUUGCUAUAUUUUAUUUCACUGGCUGUAUUGAAGUUGGUGCAACAGGAAAACCCGAACUCGGCACCCAAUCAGUUCUUGGGAAAGCGAUCUACAUCCCAGAUGAAGACCUUCUUGGAUCAAUUCCAAACGGAAUUUCAUUCUUCAAGGACGUUCCCGAAAGCUGCCUGCGUCGAGUCAACCUGGCGACGACUGUGAAAGAUCAAUCGUUUUACAAAAACACAGAAGAGUUUUACAAAAGCAUUGCAACCCAGACGAACCUAAAGGCGAAUUAUGAGAGUCACUUCACCCUCGGCUUCACCUUGGAUGCAACAACAAAGACAGUCAGCGGCAGUAAACGAGAAGUUAGUGGCACAUCACUGAACCUUGCAACCAAAUCGUAUGAACUGCAAUUUCAACCAAAUUGCCUCUACGAAACUGCGCUACAGGAUCGUGUGAUCUCUGACUUUGCACGAUUAGGCAAUGAUAUAGAUGUUGAGAUAUCCCAGCCCUGGUACAAGGUUUCCUGGCGUGACUAUCAUCACUUCAUGCAAACACAUGGCUCGCACGUGAUCACGGCUGUUACCUACGGCUCAAGUGUUGAUCAAUAUGCGUUCGCUGAGGAAUCAUCUUCGUACAGCGCCCGCGAUUUCACCGUCAAAGCAUGCGCAUCGCUCGCUGGUAGUGUCGCCGUUUCGUCUUUGUCUGUCGAGGCAUGCUCUGGUGUUACCAAGGAAGAGAUAAGCAAGCUUUACAACAGCAAAAUGACAACGUCGAUUACAGUUCGAGGCGGAACAGUUGGAACGAGAAACAGUUUGGUCUACGAAAGAUCUAACGAGCUCCUUCUACAGUUCCUAGCCGAAGGCCAAACCCACCCUACCCCUAUUGAGUACACAUUGACUCCAAUAUGGCAAAUUCUUCGAGGCCAAAAUCAUAUUUUGGUCAAAAAUCGUAACGCAGGCGUGCAGGCUGUUAAUCUUCAGUAUUAUUACGACGGGUACCUUAAUUUUGGCUGCCCGCUCAUCGUUGGCAAGCGUGGUCCAGAGCUGCAGAAGUUCCACCACGCCGCGCAUUCCACGUCAUCCGACCCAGUCUACCAGUGCAGUCUCGCACCAUCUGGUUGUCAUAGCGAUGAUGAUUGUCAUUGUCGUGGAUGUGAUAAGUGUCGUUGCUAUGGAGAUUCGUGUAUCGUCUACCGCGCGACAGAGAAGGGGGCCGCGAUACGAGUGACGGCAGCACCAAAUUACAAUAAGGAGUUGAAGAAAAACGGCUGUGACAGGAAAUUCUGGGGCGUGAAGUGCUCGUGUGAAAAUCAAAACACACGAAGACGUAUCAUCUUCUGAGUCAAUGAAUAUCUUCUCAAACAGUAGUUCAACUUGUACUCUAUUCGCUCAAUAUAUUUCA